UAAUCAUUAAAUAUUCAAUAUAGAAAUGUAUGAGAACAAUAACAAACACAGACAAAUUUAUUUUUAUUUAUGUUAAUAUGCUUUGUGAAUUAAACCUAAAAUGCACUUUUUUAGAUUUCUGGAUCCCAACACAGCACAUCGUCACCUCAUUCUGACUGAGAAGAACAGAGUGGUGACAAAUAGUGGGAAAGCCCAGCCAUACUCUGAUCAUCCAGAGAGAUUUGAUUUCUUGUAUCAGGUGUUGUGUAAGGAGAGUGUGUGUGGACGCUGUUACUGGGAGGUUGAGUGGAGCGGUGUGGGAUGGGUGUUCAUAUCACUCUCAUAUAAAGGUAUCAGCAGGAAAGGACGGGGUAAUAAGUGUUUUGGACGCAACACUCAGUCCUGGAGUCUGGUAUGUUCUUCCUCUCUCUCUUUCUGGCACAGUAACAUUGAGACUGAGAUAUCAGACGCACUGCCCUCCAGAAUAGGAGUGUAUGUGGAUCACAGUGCAGGAACUCUGUCCUUCUACAGAGUCUCUGACACAAUGACCCUUCUACACACAGUCCACACCGCAUUCACUCAGCCCCUCUAUGCCGGGUUUGGGGUCUUUGGAGGUAGUGUGAGAUUAUGUGAUUCAGUUUGAAUUUAUUGUGGAUAUUUUAUAAAUUAUGACAAAUGUUAAUAUCUUUUCUAUUUCUUUACUCAACACUUUACUUUUAAAUUUAGCACAUUCUUUAUGCCGCUUUGGCGUAAAUAUCCUUAAAGAUGCAGUCUGAGGCAUUGCAGAGAUGGAUAAUGAGUAAGAGCAUUUUUAAUAUUGGAGCUACCCAAAUUCACAUUAGAAUGGGAUGUAAAUGUAUUAAACAUAUAGCAGGUACUUUUCCUAAACUUAUUUCUACAAAACUAUACAUAAAGAAACAAUAAAUAAUAGAAUCAGCUUCUUACUAUUAUAAUUAUUGGUGCAAAUUGAGAAAUACAUUUCCUCUUUUUUGGCAAGAAAUAGAAUGCAAUACACAUUCAUUUUUAGCACAUUUCAUUAUGAUUUAGAUUUAAUUUUAAAUGGAGAAAAUUGCCAUCGAUCUACACGCGAUAAUCCACAACAGAGACAACACAUCAUUUAUAUAUUUAUAUUUAUAAACUGUGAUACAAAUGACAGAUUUCAGUUUAGAUUUUUAAUAAAUUUGCAAGAAAUUCUAAAAAACAUUUUGACUUUGUCAUUAUAGGUUAUUGAGUGUAGUGUGAUGAGGAAUUUUAUCCAUUUAAAAUCAUCAUCUUCAUUUUUAAUUUUGUGUUGGCGUUACACUAAGUGCGUGUGGGUGUCACGGUACAGCCCCUCCUCCCAAAAGUCUGCGUGUGUGUGUG